GACUCACAACGGACACCCACAGACUCACAAUGGACACCCACAGACUCACAACGGAUACCCACAGACUCACAAUGGACACCCGCAGACUCACAACAGACACCCACAGACUCGCAACGGACACCCACAGACUCACAAUGGACACCCACAGACUUACACAGGCACUCGCCCACAGACUCACAACGGACACCCACAGACUCGCAAUGGACACCCGCAGACUCACAAUGGACACCCACAGACUCACAACGGAUACCCACAGACUCGCAACGGACACCCACAGACUCACAACGGACACAAGCAGACUCACAACGGACACCCACAGACUCGCAACAGACACAAGCAGACUCACAACGGACGCCGGAAGACUCACAACGGACACCCACAGACUCGCAACAGACACAAGCAGACUCACAACGGACGCCGGAAGACUCACAACAGACACCCACAGACUCACAACAGACACCCACAGACUCACAACGGACACCCACAGACUCACAACGGACGCCGGAAGACUCACAACAUACGCCUACAGACUCACAAAGAGACCCAUUAACGUGGAAAGGGACCAAUCUAUUUGGAAAGGGACAAAGGGAAGGCGCCCAACCGCCAUCUUGCAUAGGGAAGGCACCUAACCGCCAUCUUACGUGGGGAAGGCAUCCAAUCGCCAUCCCACCCUACCUGCCCAUUAUAAAUCCACUCCACCUGUCCAUUAUGAACCCACUCUACGUGCACAUUAUAAACCAACCCUACCUGCCCAUUAUAAACCCACUCUACCUGCCCAUUAUAAAUCCACCCUACCUGUCCAUUAUAAACCCACCCUACCUGCCCAUUAUAAACCCCAGUGACACGGCCAAGAUGAACCCACCCUACCUGCCCAUUAUAAACCCCAGUGACACGGCCAAGAUGAACCCACCCUACCUGCCCAUUAUAAACCCACCCUACCUGUCCAUUAUAAACCCACCCUACCUGUCCAUUAUAAACCCACCCUACCUGCCCAUUAUAAACCCCAGUGACACGGCCAAGAUGAACCCAGACCCCACACGUCACUGACAAUCGACGGCACCAAACCCCACAAAAUCAACGUCCGCAAGGUCAUCUCACGUCCCGGUGACUUUAUGCACAAUAACAACGCUCUUAGAAAAACACAACAUUCUUACAAUAAUUAUAAUAUUUACAAUAAAAACAUUCAAAACUACGAUAUUAUGUACAGAGCUAUAUAUGAUUAAAUUAUAACUUUUUUUCUUAACAAACUUCACGUGGCAGGGCCUAGGCACGCUUCUCGUCCAGUGCCUGCACCAGGCCUCCCUUCCCCCUCCCCAUGUCCUGGAAACCGUGUGGCGAGGUCACUCCCUCCCUCAUCCUCCUCCUUUGAGGACUGCCACCGGAUGAAAACCAGCAUGGGUUGGAGUCCCGGGGUAAGGGAGCCCUGGGUAGGCUACUGGGCUGAGUGUGUGGUGAGCGUGUGGUGGGCUGAGUGUGUGGUGAGUGCAGUCAGAGUGGCUGUGUCCAGUCCAUGUCUGGGUUUCCACUCUUUCGUCUUCUGCCACAGCUAUUUCCCACGGGAGUGUGUGGGGUGAGUGUGUGUGUGGUGCGUGUGUGUGGUGAAUAUGUGUGUGGUGAGUAUGUGUGUGGGA